AUGAGACUCUCCAUUUUUGUUGCUGCGGUAGUUAUUGCCGUCGGGGUCAUCGCUUCUCCUCGUAGAUAUAAUAACUCAGAUCUCCUAGUUGAGACUACAGUCGGUACCGUCAAAGGAGUAGUCUCAGAGGAGACAGACAACGUCCGCAUAUUCCGUGGCAUCCCAUAUGCUGAACCGCCGACAGGGGAGCUUCGUUUUCGCCCUCCCUUGAAAAAAGCGCGGGCAACCAAAACCAUAGACGCUGCUGAAUGGGGUCCCGCUUGUCCACAAAUCACAUACAAGGAGGACAAUAUCUACAGCCUAUAUUUCAAGGGGUUUGCAAAACCUGACGAUGUUCCCACGGCUGAAGACUGUCUCCAUGUUAAUAUUUGGGCACCACGCAGCAAAGGCCGAAACGAAGAGUUGAAACCGGUUCUCAUUUUCAUCCACGGUGGGGGUUAUAAUGCCGGCGGCAACUCCUUCCCUUACUAUGACGGUGGUCGCCUUGUCCAAGAUAACCAGGAUGUAAUAUCCGUUUCACUCAACUACCGCUUGAACGUUUUUGGCUUCCCUUCCGCCGCAGGGUUGAACGGGCGACAACUUAAUCCUGGCUUUAUGGACCAGCGUCUGGCGAUCGAAUGGACUCGGGACAACAUCCAGGCCUUUGGUGGUGACCCUAAGCGAAUGCUUCUUUUCGGCGAAUCUGCGGGCGGCGGAUCCGUGGACUCGUAUACUUACGCCUAUGCCGAAGACCCCAUCGUGUCUGCCGUAAUGCCCAUCUCGGGCGUUACUCAAAGCUUCGGCGCGCCUGAAAUGGCACCAAGCAACUUCACAUUUGUUGCUCAGAAACUCGGCUGCCCAUUAUCUAAGGAUGAAGAGCUCGCUUGUAUGCAGAGCAAGCCAUGGGAAGACAUCGAGGAUGUCGUCAACCAAUAUAAUGAGACACAAAACGGCGGAAAGGCUCUAAGCUUCCAACCAACUGUUGAUGACCAAAAUCUCUUCUCUGAUUUCGCUGCACGACUGGCUGCUGGCCGCGUUGCCAAGGUGCCAGUACUCAUUGGUAAUUCUGACCGUGAAGGUGCCUCGCUUGCGGCAAACGAUCUUGGUCCGGCUGUCAGCGAAACAAACAAGCCAUCUGAGCAAGCGAUCAGCGCAGUAACAAACGGAGUCUUCAACUGUCCUGCCGCUAAUGCCACUGCUGUUCGCGCACAAGCUGGCUUGCCAGUAUGGCGCUAUCGAUAUUUUGGAGUGUUCCCUAAUUUAAACCCCUUUACCUGGCUUGGAACAUGGCAUUCUGCGAUUCUGCCCACCUUGUUCAACACGGCAGACAGGUACGGCAUUGAAAAUACCCCAGCACAGGACGAGGCAGCGGCAUAUCUUCAAUCCAUUCUUGUGAGCUUUGCGCGAGACCCAGUCCACGGCCUCGCCGAAAUGGGUUUCCCAGAGUACGAUCCUGCCGGGAAUAAUCUGGUACAGCUUGUAAAGGGUUGUUCCUGGUGUCGUUCAAUGCGAGCACCGGCUAUGAUGGAGCGUGUUGAUAAGUCUUUGAUAUGA